AUGAGCAGACUUAUCGAAAAUGUGCUGGUCCGGGAGUUACAAAAUCUCUUCACUUUCGAAAUAAAGGAGGAAUUCUUUGCGAUUGAUGCCCAAGGGAAUCCGAUCCACAUGCACGAGGGCGGUUGGGUAAAGGGCGACCACACCGGGAAUGCGUGGUACCCCGCAUCGCAAUUCAUGCUAGAC